AUGAGGGAGGAGAACGAGGAGGUGGUGUUGGUGGAUAAGGAGGUGGUGGCGGUGGCGGUAGAGAAAGAAGAGGACGAGGACGAGGACGAGGACGAUGCGGAGGAGGACAAGGACGAGGACAAGAACAAGGACAAGGACGAGGAAGGAGCAGCAGCAACGGCAACAGCAGCAGAACAUCACUCGAGCACUCACCAGGAGAAUUAUCUUCACAGCGAUUAUUUCUGUGAGACCUGGAUGGAGGCGAUUCACAAACAGAGGAACAGAGUCUAA